CGUCCUUGUCCAGGAAGUAUGGCCGGCUGGAUGUGGCUUCGUUGUGUUUUCGGUCCUCAUCUGCAAAGAAUUCACCGCCACCCGCUCCCGUUUUGGCCCGAUGGACGACUUGGUGGUAGGGGAUGGAACUACCAGCCAGGGAGUUUGGAGAAAUACACGGACAGCAUUCUCAGUUGGGCUUCAGCUCUGUGGUAUCUGUCCUACUGCAGCUCUCCUCUCCUGCUAAGCUAUUUGUAUGGAAAAGGUUACUUAUGCAGCAGUAAGUUGCCGGCAAUGAGUCAGUACGUGGCGACGACGCUGCUGUGUCUUUUCGGAGUGGCCUGUCUCCGAGGCUGGGGAAGAUGGAAGAACACUCAGUAUCUUGAGUUUAUUUCCAUUUUGGAGGAGGCGAAGAAGAAUCCCUCGCCAGACAACAAGAAGAAAUUGAGAUGCUUCAACUUUGACUUCUCUCACUGGCCUGCAGAUUUCAGCUGGACCGAAGUCAGCAAUCCGAAGUCGACUAAGGCCGGCGUCUCCCUGCUGAAGCACGAGGCCAAAUCGAGGGGAGGAGCAGACGCCGCGCUGCGCUCCGUCCGCACUCUGCCGUGCCAGCUCAUCAGUUUCCUCAUCGUGCACUCGUUCGGGAGGAGGAUGCUGUAUCCGGGCUCGGUGGGACUGCUGCAGAAAGCCAUGAGGCCCGUGCUGCAGCAAGGCAACGCCAAGCUCAUCGAGGAGUUUGACGGCCAGAGGAACAAGCUGGUGGCCUGCGACGGCAACGAGAUCGACACCAUGUUUGUGGACCGCAGGGGAGGAGGCGGAGGAAAGGGCCGCACUCUGGUCGUCUGCUGCGAGGGCAACGCCGGCUUCUAUGAGGUGGGGUGCAUGAACACCCCACUGGAGGGCGGCUACUCUGUCCUGGGCUGGAACCAUCCGGGUUUCGGAGGCAGUACGGGGGUGCCCUUUCCGCAGAAUGAGGCCAACGCCAUGGACGUGGUCAUCCAGUUUGCCGUGCACAAGCUCCACUUCACCCUCAACGACAUUGUCAUAUACGCGUGGUCCAUAGGCGGAUUCACAGCCAGUUGGGCGGUGAUGUCAUACCCAGAGAUCCAAUCGGUGGUGCUGGACGCCUCCUUCGAUGACCUACUCCCGUUGGCCCUCAAGGUCAUGCCUGAUAGCUGGAGGCCGCUGGUUCAGUACACAGUGCGACAGUACCUAAACCUCAACGUUUCCGAGCAGCUUCUCAAAUACCAGGGACCCGUCCUGCUGGUGAGGAGAACCAGGGACGAAAUCAUCACCACAGCGAGUCCAGUGCACGUCAUGUCCAACCGAGGGAAUGACCUCCUGCUCAAGCUGCUUCAGUUCAGGUAUCCCAAAAUAAUGACGACGGAAGGGGUCAAUGCGGUCCAACACUGGCUGGGUGCGUCGACUCAAGUAGGAGAAGCAUCCCUGUACAGCAGCUACCAGGUGGACGAGGACUGGUGCGCAUCUGUGCUGGAGUCGUACGAGAUGGACACGGACGCGAAGUUUCCCUGGAAUGUUGGUGAGGGCAUGAUUAUCAAAGAGAAACAACACUUGGCUCUUUUCCUGGCUCGCAAGCACAUGAGGAACUUCGAGACGACGCACUGCACGCCGCUGCCCGCCUCUGAAUUUCACUCCCCGUGGAAGCUCUAGACCAGGGUCAAUCAAAAUGGCUGCACCCUCGGCAUGUCUUGAUGUAUGUUUUUUUUUGUUCAUGUUCUUUUAAGUCUAGUGCUAUCCUGGCAGCCCACAAACAACUACAUUAAUACCAAAAACAGGGAGGCAUUUUUAAGAAAUGCACAUUUUUAUAAUCUCACAAAAAAAAAGCCCAUUAUUUCCUCCAGUCUUAUAUCCUGUAUGUCUGAUUAAAUAUGCUGAAUAAAGUGCUUCAA